AUGGGGAGCACGUGCCUUGGGAAGAACCCGAUCUAUGCCCGAGGUCAAGAGCCUUUCAUUUGGGAGAGAAAGCGCAACCGAGGCGGGGCGAUCAUCUGCCCCGGCGCUGGAGGCCAUCUCCUGUGCCUCCGUUGUGUUGAGGCCGAGUAUGUUGGAGGACGGCCUUUUGUGUCGAAGGAGACAGGGUGCGUCAUCCCCCAAGGAGAGCUGGUCACCAAGUUCGAGCUCUAUCCUAAGAGGAAGGAGCUGCACCAGGCACAACCAGGGAAGACGGCAACCGAGGGUGGGCACCAGUUCUUUGUACAACGAAGAGACCUCGCUCCUUGCCCAUAUUGCACCGAGUCAAAGGCAAUAUCUAAGCGAGGGGUGAAGAGGCCGCUCGAGGAAGGGACGGCGCCAUCAGAGCUCGGGCCCAUGAGCAUGCUAUUGGAGCUCCAACGAAGCAAGGUCCCGCCGACAGCCGUUGCGCCUGGUCUCUUCUUAGUACCACAGUUGGCCUCAGACGGGCGCCUUUUGGACAUUUUAGUGACAGACAAGGGGCUCAUGAACGUGCCGCGGCUCGUAAGAAUUGACCAUAUGGGGAAGUUUGCGUGCGUGUACGGGCAGAGGGCGUACAGAGGUCAUGAGACGAGCUUCCUCGAAGAGACUCGUUUUUUGAAUGACUGGUGGCAAGGAGGACUUGCCAAGUUCACCUCUUUCAACGAGGGGCGGUCCUUUGUCCACGAAGUCACAAGGGAAGGCGUGCAAUGGGUGUUGCCAUUGGAUCAGUGGGGGCGUGUUGGGGCGCCUCUCUACGGACUGGACGCAGAGGCGUGGGGGUGCGGUCCACAGCUUCGCGUCUUUGUCGUGUGUGAUUGGGGAGAGCAGCCCGUGGUUUGCGUGCUAGGGGGCAAGAGUAUGCACUGUAGCCACGUGGACUGCAAUGGCGCGGACCGGUGCCGACACCUCUCGAGGGUGCUCUCAGAGUUGGCAACGCUUGGUGGAGUUGAGGGCCCCGUUGCAAAUGGUGCUCAAAACGGGAAUGGCCCGACCCUUGCCAAGAGGCGAGCAGAGAGGCUGAAGCAACAAGAGGCUGGAUUGAGAAGGCUCCUCGUCUGCAACAAGCCUGUGUGCCGUCGGCCGGACUUCAAGGGCGCAUGCACGCAUCAAGGUUCGCUCGAGCUUUGGGAGUGCUCUCCUGCUGCUGCUCUCGACAUGGGCCACAGCCAUAAGAAGAUUGACACGGUCAUGAGCAGAGGGGGAGUGGCGGUCACGAGCCUCUGUGAGCGCUGGGGCGAGGCUGGAACUAGACAACGCGAUGAGGCCCAACACUUCUGCGCGCCAAGGCCUUGCGACCCUUUGAGUCCGUGCGAUCGAUCCUGGAAGCUCGAGAGCAGAAAGGGGUCGUUAUUUGCUGCUGGAGCGCGCUAUGAUGUCACCACCUUACGAAGGGUCUGCCGCAUCGCUCCAGGUCGGGAGGCGGCGUGUUGCUCGCUGGCCUACGAUGGCCAGGAGGAUGGCAUCUUCAACUUUUCGGGCCACACCCUUAUUCCCCACGGCCUUCUUCUGCGCAACCACUUUGCUGCGGCCCUCGGGGCUUCCCACAGCCUCAACUUUGAGGCGAACGACAUGGCCACAAAAUGCCUCGAAGGGCCUGGUGUCUCGAGACUGGACGAUCGGGUCUUUGACUCAGCUAUGCAAGCCUUCAACGACCUGGCCGCACGCGCGCGCAUCCAGCACGUGUGCUCGCGUGCCAACUGCGCGCACCUCUACACAAGCGAGGUGGAGGGGGCAGAGAGAGAGGCUCGCAAGUCAGGCAACCCUCUCAGAGCAGAGCGAACGGAGGGGCCAAGCUCCGACCUAUCGACCUAUGCCUUUGGCCAGGACAAGGUCGUCACUUUCGAUGGGACCUUCUUUGCCAACUCGAGCGCAAUGCGCGACAGCUCGGAGGCCUCGCUGCAUAGCAUCUGCGAACCAGAUCCAGCGGUGCCUCGGGUAGCUGGCGGCUUCACGCCCCUCAGCGUCGGUGGAGUGCGACCCUCAAACGUGCCGUUGGAGAGGAUCGACUGCCCUUGGAAGUAUCGCAACGGACUAUCGGAGUUGCGGCCGGCCGUUCGCAAUCUUGCGUUUAGAUGGUGCAACUUUCGGAAGGCGCCAGGGCAAGGAAGCAAUGCGCCCCUUUCGGCCGAGGAGUUUGUGACCAUGCGCGAGGGGCUGCCGCUAAACGUCAGAGCUCUGAUCGACCACGUGACGGAGUCGGGAGCGUGUCCAACCCCCGACACAUGUGCGGUCUGCAAGGCGGUCCCUCGGCGGCCUUGGAUGCAAGGUUUCCUCAAGGAGGGCCCAGUUGGAGCAACGGGCUGGUGCCCGACCCACUUCCAGCCAUUUGGGGCUCUCCUUCACGCCCUCCUUAUCCCGAGAUACUCCUGGGUUUUUGGCCGAAUCGUGACCCUCAAACUGCUACGCCACCUGCUGCUAGAGGGCCCGCUUGACGAGAGAGGGGUGGCGUACCUCUCCGAAGACGGCCCCAUGCUGGCGGCCAUCUUGCGCCAUCGACCUGUUGGGAGCGGCUUGUACGCCUUCCCUGGGGCGCUCAGGCCGCUCUUCAGAGACAUAUACGCCACCAACCUCCUGUGCUUCGAGCCAAGCGCAAAUCGGCCAUUUGCAUCCUCUCAGUCACCUUUGGCUGCCCUCCACGAUGCAACAGAGCACCUAUGGGCCCUCGAGCGAGAGAAGCUCAGACUUGUGGGUCAGCAAGAGGGGGCUGCGAUGGAGUACGCCGAGCAAAGGGGGGUGGCACUGAAGAGGGCCGCCAACUCGCUCCUAUUCGAGCUGGAGGACUGGGAAGACGAGAUGGGCCGGGGGAAGAAGGGGUCGGAGGAGCGGCUCAGCCAGCACUGCAGUGCUCCUAAUCCUCGACCAACCAAGGGGCGCGCUGGAUUCUUCGUCGCGUGCUGCCAAGACCGAGGGCCCCUUGGCUAUCACUGGCUGAAGGGUGGCGAAUCCGUCUCGGAUCUUGGAACAGUGUUGUUGACGCGCUUCCCGUUUAAGACGUUGAGGGGGCUCACAAUCGUGGAGGACGCGGCGUGCAAUGCACAAGAGUGGCUUCUCAAUCGGGUGCCACAGCUUGCCAAGUUCAUGCUCUUCCUUGUGGAUCGCUUCCACUCAGGGCCGGUGAGCUGCGCUCCAUCCGGAGCCAAGCGCUACGCGACACACACCUGCUCUCCAACGCUCUUCAUCGACUCUUUCCCACAACAUCGUCACACAAUCACGACAGCGUCGGAGGGCAUCAACUCGGGCUUGAAGAGAUGCGCGGCUAGCCUCCAGCAGAUUACGAGUAUCAAGCGGUUGCUUAGCAGGGUCACGACCAUUCUCGAUACGUUGUUCGAGCGGUCAAAGUACGCGGUCUACUGGAGCCAGGAUAGCAAUCCGCUGAGAGACUCGAUUAAGAUGGGGCGCGGUUGA